ACUAGUGUUCACACGGUACCACAAACCCUACCCUCUAUAAACCAAUUUCCCAAUCCUUUCUUCUCAACUCUUUCAUUCCAAUUUCGAGAGGAAUUCAUUUGAAUUAGGGUUUCCCAGCAUGGACGCUCAGAGAGCUCUUCUCGACGAACUCAUGGGUGCAGCGCGCAACUUGACGGAGGAAGAGAGAAAGGGGUACAAGGAAGUGUCGUGGGACGAUAAGGAAGUGUGUGGAUUCUACAUGGUGCGCUUUUGCCCUCACGAUCUCUUCGUCAACACGCGCAGUGAUCUCGGACCUUGCCCGAGAAUUCAUGACCCAAAGUUGAAAGAAAGUUUUGAGAAAUCACCAAGACAUGAUGCAUAUGUACCCAAAUUUGAAGCUGAACUUGCUCAAUUUUGUGAGAAAUUGGUGAUGGACUUGGAUAGAAGGGUAAGACGUGGGCGGGAACGUCUUGCUCAAGAGGUAGAGCCAGCACCACCACCACCACUGACAGCUGAAAAAUCUGAGCAGUUAUCUGUUCUGGAGGAGAAAAUCAAGAAUCUGCUGGAACAAGUUGAAUCUCUUGGUGAAGCUGGGAAGGUUGAUGAAGCUGAAGCUCUUAUGAGAAAGGUAGAGACACUUAAUGCUGAGAAGACAGCCUUAACACAACCUCAAAAUGACAAGGUGUUGAUCCUUGGUCAGGAGAAGAAGAUGGCACUCUGUGAAAUAUGUGGUUCUUUUCUUGUUGCAAAUGAUGCUGCAGAAAGGACUCAGUCUCAUGUUACAGGAAAGCAACAUGUUGGUUAUGGCAUGGUUCGUGACUUCAUAAAUGAGUUUAAGACUGCUAAAGAGAAAGCUAACGAAGAGGAAAGAACAGCUCGGGAAAGAGAGGCAGAGGAACGGAGGAAACAGAGGGAGAAGGACCAUGAGAGAAGGAGACGAAGUGAUUCAAGUGAUAGGGAGAGGCAUCGUGAUAAAGAUCACAAUAGGGAACGGGAUAGGUAUAGAGAUAGAGACUCAGACCGUGAAAGGUCUCGGGAGCAUGAUGUUAGAGGUUAUCGAGAUGGGGGAAGGGGGGUGGAUUAUAGGAUGAGGAAUGGAAGAAACGGAGGUAGAGACAGGUACCGUGAUCGGAGCAGGUCACGCUCCCCUGUUAAGCAUGGCUACAGAAGGUCUUCUUGAAGUCCAGUUUGCUCAAAUUAGUGGAAUUUCGUGAUAGAUGUCAGAAUUUGAAUUUAAAAGAGGUAGUCUUUAAUAUCCCAAGACUUGCAUAAAUAUGAGCUUUUGGAGUCUUGAGUUUUUUUUUUUCCAUCAAGGGUGAAUUUACUCUUUUCCCAUCUCAGAGCUUUGUUGAGACUAUACAAUCUCCCUUUCAUCAAUAUUAUUAAUGGAGAAAAGGGUUGAGGUAGGUAUUUCACUGUUGUAACUUUUCUUACAAUUUGUUUUGCACCUUGAUUUAAGUUAUUUAUGAUGAUUCAUCUCUGAAGCAUUGUGUGUAGUCUUUCUUUUCCCUCAUUUCUGGAAAUCAAUUGAUUGAUUUAAGAUGUCAGACACAAAAUUACAUGAAUGAUUGUCAUUGCUGCCGAGGGGGAUGGUUUACUCUUGUAUUGAGGUAACAUGUGAAUCUUAUACCUUGAGACAAAUAGAUUGAUAUUUGUUCAGCAUAGAAAUUUUUGUUUUCUUUUCCCUUUUCUUUUUUGUUUCAUUACAUUUGUUUCUUAAGGUGGUAUAAACCAACACAGGUUUAAAAAAAAUGCUGCUUAUUCUGACAUGAAUUUGACAUUGAACUACAUUCCGAAGGCACCAGUUUAGAAGAUAUAGGUAAACUUGCUGAAUCUGUUGUUAGUUAUCUCCCAAAUCCAUGGCAUCAUAUUUAUAAUAUAUAUGGUGUGUGAUAUCAUCCGAUAUGAUCAUAUAUUGAAUGGAGAACUAAUUUUUAUUCCCUACUUUCCUGAUGCCAUUCUUAAUAUGGGUUUCCGAUGGGGAAAAAGUGCUCAAUUGGGAACUGGUUUGGAAUGGUAAUUACAGGAUGAUGACGUAUCAUCCUCUAUAAAAAUAUUUGAUUUACAUAAGUGUUGUUUGAAUUGAAAAUUCAAAGGGCUGGCAAAUACAAGGAUUUGGUUGUCUUUGCCGAGUGAUUCGAUUGCAGAAUUAUUGACAUUUGUAUGAAAUACAUUCGUUGAACUGGGAUGCAGAAUGUCUCCUUUCAUGAACAAACUUUCUACCUUUAUUGUCUGGGUGACUGGAGG